AUGGCAACUAUGUGACAUUGCUAUAUUCCACAAUACCUAUAUGCUACUGCAAUAUUAAAUUUCAUUUCUUUUAUCGUCCUAUUUAUCCAUCACUUACAGUGACUACAUAACUUUUUACAUUUCCGUUAAGUCAACACAUGCAAAUUUAUUAACUGUAAAUCAAAAUGAUAGGAAUUUCACUUUCGCUGUUAAGUUGGAUAGGUAUAAGUCCUGUACCAUAUGCUGCUUAUUUAAUUGGUACAACUGAACCUGCCCUUAAGCUAUUGAUUUCUAUAUUAUUAGGGUAUCCAUUAGGGAUUAUAUAUAAUAAAUAUAUCAAAGAAUACAAGGAGUACAGACAUCUUUUUUUCAUUGGGGCUGGUCUUGAUAUUGCUCUCUAUAACUUUGGCCUUUCAUUUUAUCAUAAUGCCAUUCCUGCAAUAGUUAUUUAUAUCACAACAAAAUUAUUUGGUCCAAGUAAGGAGAAUGCAAUAAUUACAUUUAUUUUUAAUAUGACUUAUCUCUUGAUUGGGUAUGCACAAACGGAAUCAGAAGACUAUGAUAUCACGUGGACAAUGCCACAUUGUGUCUUAACAUUAAAACUCAUAGCUCUAUCAUUUGAUAUAUGGGAUGGUCAGAAAAUGAAAAAUGGAGAAAGUCUUUCUGAGAAUAGUAAAAAAACGGCUCUCACAAAUCCACCUACUUUCUUCGAACUUAUUGGUUUUGUUUACUUCCCUGCUUGUUUCCUUGUGGGUCCCAUAUUUUCAUUCAGAAGAUAUAUCGACUUUGUUUCUGAUAAAUUCCCCAUUGAUAAAGAAGCACCAAUGCUAGAAACACAGGCAUUAAAGAGAUUUAUACAAGGCAUGAUCUAUUUAAUUGCUUUUCAAGUUGGCAUAUCCGUUUUCAGCAUGAAUUACAUGCUCUCUGAUGAAUUUUAUAAUACUUCCAUAAUUUAUCGUCAUUUCUACAGUGGAUUAUGGGCACAUUUUGCUCUUUAUAAAUAUAUCUCCUGCUGGUUACUUACAGAAGCAUCCUGCAUAAGAUUUGGUCUGUCAUACAAUGGCACAAAAAAGACGGAAUAUGGAGAAGUAACAAGAUGGGAUGGCUGUAACAACAUUAAAUUAAUGAGAUUCGAAGGAGCAACUAAGUUUCAGCAUUAUAUUGACAGUUUUAAUUGUAACACUAACCACUUUGCUGCAGAAUACAUAUACAAACGUCUUAAAUUUCUUGGUAACCGUAAUCUUAGUCAAUUUUUCACUUUAGUGUUUUUGGCUUUAUGGCAUGGCACACGGUCUGGUUAUUAUAUGACUUUUUUCAAUGAAUUUAUAAUUAUAUAUAUGGAAAAAGAAUUGGAAGGUAUACUCUCAAAGUCAGAUUACUAUCAUAAACUUUGGGCUUCGCCAGCAAAAUACUUAUUGUAUGGCAUUCUUAAAACUUACACUAUUGUUUUCAUGGGUUGGAGUUUAAUUCCAUUUGAUCUCAAAGUAUUUUCGAAAUGGUGGCAAAUAUAUGCCAGUCUCUAUUUCUCAGGCUUCAUACUUUUCUUGCCUUGGGCUCUAGUAUAUAAACCAGUGCUUUUGAAAGUAAUGAAAAUGUUACCACCACAUGUGCAAUAAGGACUUCUAGAUUAAGUUCUAACAGACAUUACAUGCAAUUAAAAACACCAAUGAAUAGAAAAUAGCAACAGUAAUAUACAAAAAUUUAUAUAAAUUCUCCACUUUAAUUCUCCAUAAACAAAAUUAAAUAUCUUAAUAUAUGUUUGCAAUCGUGAGGCUCUUGAUACUCUUAUAUCUAUAAUAUGCAUAGUCUUUGUUUAUAUUUAUUUUUCUUUUCAUUUGACUUUCUGAAUUAAUAUAAGUACAUAUAUAUAUAUUAUUCUACUAUUUAUACAUUUUAUUGUCCCCUUUGUUGCAUACAAGAAAACAAUAUGUCAAUCAAUGGCUGUUAGUAAGAAUUUGAAACUAGGUUAGGUUUUCUUAGGUUAAGGAGAUAAAUAAAGUUGUAGUAGUUUGGUGUGAACAUUAUUUUACAAUUAUUGGUCUUGUAAUACUAGGGGAUUUGUUAUGGUAGAUAAUGUGGAGUUUAUAUCCAAAUGAAGGUUACAAUUGUUAACUCCUUUUCCACAUUUUAGACGUAAGAUAUUAAAUUGUGUCAGACUAGUGUGCCUCGGUGGUUGGUUAUUAGUGUGAUGUUAUAUAAAUUAAAGAUUCUUAUAGUUUUGUACAUAACUUGCUUAUAAUUGUGUGGAUGAAGUUUCACGCAUUUUAAUGCUGAGAUUGUGUGAUUGUUUGAAAUUGUAUGUUAAUUAAAACAACGUUGAAUUAUACAAAUAAAACACAUUAUGAAAUACAAUUUGAAGCUUUAUAACCACACUCACCAACUACACUUAGAUAAUAAAAUAUCUGCUUGUAACUUAACUAUUAUAAGCACUUUUACUGGGUUACCAUCUUGUUGAUGACUUCUACUUAAAAGCAGGACUUUUUUGUUUGUCGGAAUAUACUACUUACUUAAACAUAAUGCAAUAUUAUUGAAUAUGGGUUAUUCGUUUUCCCUUUAAUGGAAGGAUGCGAUAUGACGUCAUUCAUUGCAAUUUAUUGGUAACUUAGCUUCACAUAUUUAUCUAAGACUAGACAUCACCUGUACAGUAAUAGUAAUUUUAGUAUGUAAAAUUAAUAUAAAUUUUAGUAUCGGGUAACUGAAUGCGACCUUGUAUGGGAACCCAAUUGUUAUGUUUGAAUAUAUUUAAAAAUGCGAAACUAUAUUGCCUUAUAAAAUUAUUGUAUUAAAUAAUUAUUAUAGUUAUUUGUUUAUUAAUGUCAAUUUUAUUUGAAUUUUUUUUUCUUUAUAUCAUGCAUAGGUACAGUCCAUAUUAAUUAUUUUAGUAAUAAAUUAUUUUAAAAUCG